AUGGGCUUCAGCAAAACCGCCCUGUCUGUCGUCCUUCUAUCUCUCCUUGCCAUUUCGCAAGUCGCCUGCCAGAAACCCAACAACAACAGCGCCAAGUACAAGUUCCCGCCCAAGAUUGCAGGCGCAGUAGAGGCGGUUCUCCUGGGCGUCAAUAUCGUCAACCAGACCGGCCAAGUUACCGGCGACGUCAACUCUGCUGGACGCCUCAGCCUCGCCCUCAUCAAAACCAACACCUCUACUUUCGACAUCCGUUACAAUGUAACCAUCCAGGUUUCUUCCCCAGAGAUCCCAACCACGGUUACCAUCAACAGCGGGGCCGCCAAGACCUCAGGCCCUGUUGUGCUCGACCUCUCACCUUCUGCCACGUGGAUUAACGUCACUGGUACCGUGGGAGCCAUCGCGACAGGGAACGCCUGGGGGCAGGGUGCAAGGAGGUUCGGGGUCGGCGCCAAGCCUGCUGCCGUGCCUGUCUACACCUACAGCUUCAAUGGCACGUGGCAGAACGUGAGUGGCCUGACAGCAGCCAAUGGAGAGAGCUACAAGGCAGUGUUUGAGGCCAUUUCUGCCAGGCCUAAGAACUUCUAUUCUGUUGUUUCCUCUGCUAGCCUGCCCGCGGGGUCUGCCCGAGGGCAGUUUGCCAAGGUUCCCCUGGGCUGGGGUGUAUGGAAGAACUGGAAAGAAAGAGUGAGCAGUGGGAAGGUAGACGUGCAGAGCGCACUGUAUCUACUACCCAUUGCACAUGCUGAAAUGGCAGGCUCCCAUUAG